CGCUGCAGGAGCUUCAUUCGUAAACACAGCUCUCCAUCAUGACGUCACAUCCUCUCUUUAAAUACAUCUUCUUCUUCUUCUGUCUCCGUCUCUCAGGGCCGGGUACCUCCCACAGGGCGUUCCCUUGCAGCUGAUUGGCUACCUCCCAGAGGAGCCGUCCUUCCUGCCGUGGCACGCCGCCAGCCGAGCGCUCUACCAGCUGGACAAACUGCUGGACCGCACAGACGAAUACAGCCUGUUCAGUGACUACGUGCUGAAGCAGGUUGCGUCCCGCUACCAUCAGAUGGGUUGGCCGACAAACGUCCCGGGCAGUGAGGGGAACAUCCUGCAGGCGUCCUACCAGACGGAGGAGCUGCAGAGGGAGCUCAUCAUGUUAGCCUGCAGCUUCGGGAACAAGCAGUGUCACCGGCAGGCCGUCGCCUACAUCUCUGACUGGAUCUCCAGCAACAAGAACAGGAUCCCACCCAACAUCAGAGACAUCGUGUACUGCACCGGGGUCAGCCUCAUGGACGAGGACGUGUGGGAGUUCAUCUGGAUGAAGUUCCACUCAACCAACGCCGUCUCUGAGAAGAAGAUCCUGCUGGAGGCUCUGACCUGCUCCGACAACAUCUUCCUCCUCAACAGGUUACUGAACCUGUCUCUGACCUCUGACCUGGUCCCUGAGCAGGACGUUAUCGACGUCAUCAUCCACGUAGGAAGGAACCCGCAGGGUCGAAACCUCGCCUGGAAGUACUUCAGAGAAAAGUGGGAGGUCCUGAACGCACGGUACGGUGAGGCUUUGUUCAUGAACUCAAAGCUCAUCGGAGGCGUCACAGAGUUCCUCAACACCGACAAAGAACUCACUGAGUUGAAGGAGUUCAUCCAGUCCAGCGGUGUGGGGGCGGGGCCUGCGUGGCCGCGGGCGCUAGAGAUCGUGGAGGGCAACGUGCGCUGGCACCGCCUCCACCGGCGGCAGUUCUUCCAGUGGCUGCGCAAACCUCCCAACCUCGCCCUCGGCUAACGCCGCGCCAGCUAGCGAAGCUGAAGAGACUGCAAACUGGCUGCUAAGCUAACGCUAACGCAGUGCUAGCUUACAGAUGCAGUCAGAGUGAAACAGAGGGACUGACGUGACGGAUCAUUUAGCGGUUUCUCUUCUGUUCUUUUUAUUUGCUUUUAAAGAAUUAAGUUUUCUAACGCUUUGUUUGAAAUGUUCGUGUGGCUGAUGCUGUUCAACGGUUUCUGUGAACUGACCAGUUUAACUGACAAGAGAGACGUUAGCAAACGAGCUAAGAGAUGCUAAAACAGUCAUAGCUAGCUAACGUUGACCUUUUGUUUAUCAAAUCGGCAAAGUAACGAUUGGUUCAAUUCCUCCUCAAUGUAAAAACACAACUUUUACUUUGUUUGCUUUUUAAAUUCUUUCUUCUAAACCCGUUUAGAAUUUAAAGUUUUCUGAGCUCUCCUGACGUAAAGACAGAAACACGAUCAUUACUUAUGCUAUGCUACAUUAGCUUUGAUGUAGAAACAACUGAAGCAAAUGUUAACACAGACUUAUGACUGUCUUCAUGGAUCAAGUUAAAACCCAAUCAUCCAGUGAAUCCUCUGACCUCACUAAAGCCUGAUUUAUACUUCUGCAUCAAAUCAACGGCGUUCCCUACGCCGGGGGUCCAAGUAGCUCCCGUACCCACGCAGAGGUCUACACACCUAGCUGACCUGCACCUCCUCCAAAAUGUAACUACGCAUAGAAUCAAUGUGGACCACAAGCCCUGUGAUUGGUCCACUCGGCAGCAUUGUGUUUCCUGCAUUUACAGCACUUCCUGGAUCCCCGCUCAUCGUCCGUGUAUUUCCUCUCCUCCUCUCUGUUCUUCAUGUCAUCAUGUCUGUAUGAUAAACAGCAACAUGUGUCAGCUGGAGAUUAACAGAACUCUGAAACUCUGAGGAAAAGGAAACAGAGAUCGUAGCGGGACCGGAAGCAGGCGACCGGCUAUCAAUCAAUCAAUCAAUCAAUCAACCAAUCAAUCAACCUUUAUUUAUAUAGCGCCAAAUCACAACAAAUGUUAUCUCAAGAUGCUUUUACAAACAGAGCAGGUCUAGACCACUCUAUGUCAAAUUAUGAACAGAGACCCAACACCAAGACAGGAUCAGACUCAGUCUGACCCCACCUUAAUCCACCAUGAGCAUUACACCUCACAGUAUUUAGCUAGUUACAGCAGAGAGGACAAACUUCCUUUAACAGGCAGAAACCUCCAGCAGGACCAGACUCAUGUUAGACACACAUCUGCUGAGACCGUGUUGGAGAGAGGGAUAGAGGGAGAUGAAGAGAGAGAGAGAUGAUAGUGAUGAGACGAGUAGUAGAGGCUGUUGCCGCUGGAGUCCAGAACGUCCGCAGCAGGAGGAACCUACGAGACAAGGGAGCUCAGGGACUCCAGAAAGGUCUAUGGUUAGUAACUAUCAGAGAGACCACACUGCCCUCAAGUGUUCAGGAGGAGAAUUGCUGCACGACAUGGACACAUUGACGCACAAGUAUGAGGAGCUCAUGUCCGUGUAAGCCUCUGCUGCGUAGGGGAGACACAGAAGUAUAAAUCAGGCUUAAAGUUGAAAUAAAUCUGACUCUGCAGAGUUUGUUUGUCCAAAGAUGAGUCUCUUGUUUGGGCUCUCAGCUCAGACGCCUCUCUAACCACCACAUAUCCUAACAGUUGAAAUGAGAGCAUGCUGUUAUUGCUGCGAACAGUAAACAGCAGCUUCCCCAGCAGCCGGCCGUCUGCACGUCGAUCACUGAGCAGAGCUGUAAUUAACACGACAUGGACUCACUGUCCUCUGAUCACGGCGCUCACAGGACUCAUUCUCACUCAUUAACUCCACGGCGCUCAGACUGCUUUCACUCUAAUUCUAAAGCUUUUAUAUUUUAAAGAUCAAAACUUCCACAGUUUGAAAAUGUCCUUGUUUUUGUUUUUUGGAGCCUUUGUUGAAGCCGUCUUUUGGUUUUGUACUUUGAAUAUAAAAGCUCAAAAAGACUUCAAAGUUUGGCUCUGAAGCGCGUGGAAGACGAGUUUCCCCCUGAACACGGUGAUAAAUGUUCUCUUUGGGUUUGAACCUGCAGAAUUAAAAAGCUUUCAACUGUUUAAAGAAGGAAAACUAACAAGACAAAGUUAGAGUGGGAUGAAACGGACCACUCAUUAGAAUUCAAUUUGACUUUUAGUGGAAAAAAGUAGAAUUUAAGCUUUUAGAAGCCCAUUCUGAAAAUAUUCAACGACUUUAACUUUGAAAGUUUUGUUUAAAAACCUCAACAGAAGAAUAUUAAAUUAAUUUAAGACCUAUUUUUAUUUUAAAUCACAAUGAAGCACACCUCACAGGUGAAAGGCAUUUACAAAAUAUUAAAUACAAGUGAAAUGGUUCAACCUUUAAUCAACAGAAAAUGUUAAAAAAUGACGUUGAAAACAUUAACGGACAAAAACGUCUUUCUUGUUUUAUUCUAAGAGACAUUUUCUUCCCUUUCAGUCACUUUAAUAUUAAAAGACAUAAAAAACACGAGUUACAUGAUGUCGGCCAACAACCUUUGAUUUUUGUACAUUUUAAAAGGCGAAAUGCAAUUUUAGGAAACUAUGAAAUUCACAUAAAUUAAUUGCAAAUAAACAAAUUUUUUUUGGUGAAAUUUGAAGCAAAUAUUCAAAUUUUUUUGGACAACCCCAUAUACAAAUAAAAUAAUACAAAUUUUAAUUAUGGAGCACUUUUUAGAAACGCCAGGUUACAAAGUGUUUUACAUUGAAAGCAAAAUAAAAGGAUCAGGUCAAAAAAUCCCACAAGGCAAAUUAAAGAAAUAAAACAGAUUUUAAAAAGACCUAAAAAACAUGAGUUACAUGAUGUCGGCCAACAAGCUUUGAUUUUUGUACAUUUUAAAAGGCGAAAUACGAUUUUAGGGAAACUAUGAUAACUCACAAUUUUGCCCAAAAGUUCACAUACAUUUAUUGCAAAUCAACAAAGAUUUGUUUGUGAAAUUUGAAGCAGAUCUUCCUGUUUUGUACACAAUCCAUAUUCAAUUAAAAUAACAAUAAUAAUAAUUUUUAUUUCAAACACACUUUUUAAAAGCCACGUUAUAAAGUGCAGCAAAAUAAAAGAAGCAGGACAUAAAAUCACACGAGGCAAAUAAAAAAAUAAUUAAAAGACAUAAAAAUCCCCUAAAAGAACUUUAAAGGAAUACAAUUAUUUUAAUAUAUACAGUUGUGCUCAUAAGUUUACCCCGGCAGAAUUUGUGAUUUUUUUUGGCCAUUUUUCAGAGAAUAUUAAUGAUUAGAGAAAACAUUUAUUUUCACUCAUGGUGAAACUGAGGCUACCCAAGAAACCAGACAUCCUCCCAGGGUAUGUAAACUUAUGAACACAACUGUAUAUAGAUUGUUUUUUGUUAAAUCAAGUAAAUCAGUUUAAAGUUCAGGUGAAAUCAGGAGACUCUGCAGACCUGAUCCUCUUCCAAAAACUAAAUUUAAAAACAAAACAUAUUGUGACAGAAAUCAAAGAACGUUCUGUUUUAGUGAUGAUUGAAAACGUGAGGAUACUUUUUCCAAAGUAAUCAGGAGACUAUGAAACCUACAAAUAUUAAAUCACCACCAUGACGACCUCUGACUGACUUUAAAACCUCCGACCUGAUAAAAACUCGACUCUGUGGUUCCACAAAGCACAAACCAGGAAGUUGUCGGACGAAGCACAUCGGUCUCCGGACAGAAGCAACACUGAGUUUCUUUUUCAGCCAAUCAGGGGUCGGCUUAAUCGACCCUUUCUCCAGCCUCAGAGGGAAACACAGACGUGUGGAAGUGGAGGUUAAUGAAACUGGGGCGAGGACGUAGGUUGAAAGACUCUCCAGCUUGUCUUCGUAUGCAGACGAUGUGGCUUUCUAUGUUGGGAGUUAAAGGUUUCCAUCAGGAGUUUGAAACGCGAUGGAUACUUCAGUGAGGCGGACUUUCAGGCGUGAUGGAGUUUAAAGACUCGUGUGAAAGUUUGUAAAUCCACCAGCCUGCAAAUUCAGAUUCUCUGAGAGUCUGAUGGACGUUGUGGCUCUGUGUUUCCUGUGAUGAGAUGGAUACUAGAAGUGUUAGAAAUAUAAUAUUUACCUCCUUGAGCCUGGAAUCAUCCACCCUAUCGUAACGACAGAAAGCAUGACGGACUCUGUGGAUGGACGUAUUUCCUGUCGGCGUGGAUUGUACAGUUUAACGGUUUAAUGGUUCCUGAAGCUCCAAGGACUCUGAGACUUUAUGGGAUUUCCAUGGUUUGGCCUGCUUGCCCUCCAGUUUGCAACUUGAUGCUUUACCCAGGAGCCGGCAGAGAACACGGAGCUGGACGUACCUCGAUGUGUUUUCUGAGGAAGGUCUCCAGAGUCCGGAUGAAUCCUCUGAGAGUUUUUGGAUAAAGGGACUUGAAAUGAACUCGUGGUUAAAGUCUGGUGUGGCGUCCUGAACCUCCGUCCUGUUGAACAGACUCUUUGAAGUUAUUCCUCCUCUGUUAGAUCCGGCUUUGGUGUUAUUAAUUGAGCCAUAUAUGAAUUAAUGGGACUGCCUGCUUCUAUACACUGUGUGUCCAGUGAUGUGUGCGUGUGUGUGUGUGUGUGUGCGUGCGUGUGUGAUGAAGACGAUGAUGAAGAGCAGCAGCGGAGUGUGCUGCGUCGUCACGGUGAUUGAAAUGAUGAUGAUUAAAAUGAUUAUGAUCCGAACUGAGAGCGACGACUGAUUCUUGCUGACAGUCGAGUCAGUGAUGCUAAAUGUUGAUGUGAAAAAGCUAAUUAGUAUUAUGAUGAUUAUUAUGCUAACUAUUCAGUGCAUUUUGAACCUGUAACGUCCUGUCAGGGAAAUUUGGUUUACAAACAUAAAGCACAGAAACACCCACUGUACAAUCAACACUGUAAAUCAGACAGAUACUGGAACCUUAAUGUGGAACAUGAAGAUGUUGAAACGGCGUUCAUAAUGGUUAUGAUCAUAAAGAUGGUGAUGAUGAUGAUGAUGAUGACUUUGGACCAAAAUGUGUUGGAAUCAGAAAGUGGCAGAGCAGAAUGAACUCCUACUUCCUGUUUUCUCUGGUGUGGCUUCCUGUACUUUCUGAUCGGGUGAUAUUAAAAUGGUAAACCUGU